AUGUCUAAUAUGCAAUAUUUUUGGGCGAAGAGUUUGUGGAGGAGUUCGAAGAUUGGUUACUCGUACUCUAACUCCAUUGGAAUGUCGGGUGGUGUCAUUACUCUUUGGAAGGAAGGGUCGAUAGAGGUUGAAUUUAGUUUCAAAGGGGAAGGAUAUUUGGGGAUUAAAGUAUUGUCGAAGGAGUUCUUUUACUACAUGGUGAAUGUCUACUCACCUUGUUGUCUAAGAAAGAAGAAGUUAUUAUGGGAGAAAUUAUUGGAAUUAAAGGAGAAGUUCUCGGAUGGGGAGUGGUUGUUGGGUGGGGAUUUUAACGCAGUUAAACAUCGUAGUGAAAGAAAAGGGAGAGGUAUGUUCGUGAAUGAUAGUGAGAGUUCUUUAUUUGCGGAAUUCAUAGGGGAAAGUGGUUUGGUGGAGGUUCCUUGCAAAGGAAAGAAAUUUUCUUGGUAUAGCGGAGAUGGCAGAUCUAUGAGCCGAAUUGAUCAUUUUAUAUUGUCGGAUGUGAUUGUGAAUAGAUGGAAUGUCAUUGGUCAAUUGAUAGAUGAUAGAGACAUCUCGGAUCAUUUUCCAAUUUGGCUUGUGUUGGAUGGUAACAAUUGGGGCCCUAAACCGUUCAAGUUCAACAAUGAGUGGUUUUCCUUCAAUUCUUUCACCUCGUUCGUUUAA